AUGUAUACGACCACGAGAUCUACGUUUGUUAUCUCAACAUUGAUUAUCUUUAUCUUUGAUUUGAUUUACGGCGACGAUGCUGAGAAGGCGGCUUCAAAGAAACAAUGGAAAAGACAAGAAAACGCUUUUGUCAUUGCAACGAAUGAUGCCAAGGAAGCAGAUGAAGAGCGACGUAUGGCACAAAUAAUUUCCAAGCUACAACGACUAGCAGACGAGCGACGACAGCUUCAACAAAGAGGAAACUUGCGAUUUAAAGCAGAUCUGGAGCGUCAGAAAGCACAGCUUAUGGAGGCACUGGGAGAAAAUAAUGAAAGUGGUGUGUUCAAGUUACGCACAACAACCACAGCAAUUUCAAUCAAUUAA